AUGUCUCACCCACCUUCACUUAUCGCUUCUUUUCGGUCCGGGUUUUCCCAGAAAUCUCAACGUGAUAUGUGGGAUAUGUCUGAGGUGAUGUGGCAUUUUUCUCGUCUGGUCCGUCUUCUUUCAGGCCAAGAUCUCUUUUUAUUCCAAAAGUUGUAUGAGAUUGUUUACAAGUACGAGGAGGCUCUAUCGGACCCUAUAGACUAUGGCAGGCUAUUCCGCGAGCGAACUAUGCUCCCGAGCAACAAGCAGCUUCUGUCAAUGUUGGGUGAAGAUAACCUCCCAGAUGGAGAAGUCAAAGAGAGGGAGAAGGAUGUCUUUUCAGGUGUCAAAUCAGACAGGCUAGCUAUUGCGAGAAAGCUAACCAUCAUGUCUGAGAUGAACCCAGGAUUUGUGGGAGAUGAGAGCCUUUGGAGGUGGCUUGAAGAAGUUCUGAAGGAAUUUACUUGA